UGUAAGGCAACCUGUGGUCCUCUGGAUGCUUCUGAACUACAACUUCCAGACUUCCUCACCUUUAGUCUUGCUGACUGGGGCUGAUUGGAGUUGCCGUUUAGAAGUAUCAGAGGACCAUGGUUCUCCCCUUCCUUCUUGCUUUUUUAGGUAACUCUUGUUUGCAUUGUAUUGCUUGUGCAGUCUUUUGAAUGCUUCUGGAUGUGCUUUUGUGAUAUUCGCAGUUGAGCUACUGUAGCUGAAGCCCUUUGGUAUCAAUCAGUUACUGAGUUUGGAAAUGCAUAGCCCAAAAGAAUUCAUUCUUUGUUGGGGUAAACUUCACCUUGAGAUAGAACAGUUGUUCUGGAACUGUGCAGAGCUCAGGGAAUCUCUAUGACAGUUUUAUCUAGCUGCAGCAAUAUGAAAUUGAGGGUUGCAGUUCCUUUUCAUUUUGUUUCUAAUUCUGAAACAAACUUUUCUUUGUUUUAGAUUUCUCUAAACUGCUGCUCUGAGAUAGCGUUUUUCUCCUCUAUCUCUUCCCUGCAAAAUUUCAAAAGAUGGAAGCCUUUAACAACUGUCCUGGACUGGGUGGAGAUUUGAAAAUGCAAAACUGCAGGAGUGAACAUUACCUCUAUUUUGCCUAUGGUAGUAACUUGUUGCAGGAAAGAAUAAUGUUAAGAAACCCAUCUGUGGUUUUCCUUACCCUAGCACAAUUACUGGAUUAUAAACUUGCUUUUGGCUCUCAUCAAGGGAAACCAAGUCCUCAGUGGAAUGGAGGUACAGCUACUAUUGCCUAUAGCCCUGGUGAAGAAGUGUGGGGGAUAAUAUGGAAAAUGAAUACUAGUGAUUUAUAUUCUCUCGAUAGGCAAGAAGGAGUGGAAAAUGGCAUUUAUAUCCCAAUUGAAAUCAUAGUUAGGACUCCAGAUGGGAAAGUAGUUAAAUGUCAUAGUUACCAGAUGGAUGACUAUGUCCAUGAUCUUCCUUCUCCACAGUAUAAAAAGGGGGAUGGUGGCAAGGAGGCCAUGUCUGAGCAUUUCUGGAGAUAACCUGCCAAUAUUUGUAUAUGUUGAAAUGUAAAACACUUGAACUUGUACAACCGGCUAUGAGAUUUAAUAAUGUUUGGAAUAGUUUUGCUGGCACUUAAUUGCAAAGCACAAUGUGGUAAUUACAGCUGUCGCUUGAUGCCAAGACAGUUAUGCCCUGAUCCUUGCAUUUUGACUCUUUGCACAUUAUACUAGCAGAAACUGUUCUGUUAGCCUGAAACAUGCACAUGAGUCCAUUCCUAUUCCUUAGAUGUACUUCCCAUAGUAAUGGACCAACAGAAACAUUGCUUCCAUGCUGUUAUAUAACCACAGUUUAUCCCUGAAGGAAUUACUGUCCAUUUCCCUAUCAUACUGUAAAUAUAUGAAAUAGCAACUGUUUAUAUUACUCAGUGUCAACAAGCAUUUCCUUGCCAAGCUGAUAGUAUGUCUGAUUUUUUUCCAAAGUAUAUAUCUGGAUACUGAGUUACAUGAGUGAUUCUAAUCACAGAAUGGGUUUUUCCAGUCCCUCCCCACCAAAACCCCACUGCCCUCCUCCAAGAUCGGACAAAGCUCAAAGAAAGGCCUAAGAUACAGUGCAGAGGUGUCGCCAAAUAUCAGCAUGAAGGCAGCUAAUGAAUGCCACACCCCAAGCCUUGCCCAAGAGUCCCUUGGCAUGGUCCGUGUGGAAUCCACCAUUGAAGCCUGACUUGCACAUGGCCGACUCACCAUUUGAUGAAAGUGCUGGUCUUAUGGGAUUGUUGUUGAUGGGAUGAAAUGAUCCCCGUCUAUGCUACCUUGAGCUUUCAGAGAAAGGUGGGUGUAAGUAUAAUAAAGAUGUGGCUGUCUCAUGAGAUCUCAGUCAUUUUUAUUUUAUUAUUUUUAAAAUAUUUCUUUAGUUGGGGGUUCAGUGAAUGCUAUGCAAUGACACUGCAAGCGCUUUUGUAUCUGUGUUGCUCAACCUGCACCAUACAAGUCUGUUUUAUAUUGACUUCUUGACUAAGCCAGUGAACGCAACCAGCUGUCUGUUGCCCACUAUCUAGUCUUCAAAUGGGGUGUGUUUGAAGCUGCUAUAUUUCUUCAUCCUUUUUCUCCCAGUUAUUUGUGUAAGGAACAGAAAUCUAAUGAUGGAACCUUUCCAUUUUUGUU